UGUUGAACUGUGUAAGGAAAGGGGAAGCUCAAACGAAAGACAUGUUUACGAGUACGUGAUAAGAAGCCAGAAACCGAGGAGGCAAGAAGACCGAAAUACCUGUAGAUGUUAUACAAAGUAGGCGAUAAAUCUUCUGGGGACAGACUCUUAUCAUAUUUUCCUAUACACGUUUGAUUGGUUUAUUGUUAAAAGGACGAAAUGGGUUGCUGGUUCUCCAAAAAAUCCAAGAGAAAAUCACCCGAAAAGGAACCUACUCCGAAAACGGUGGAAGAUAAGGCGAACAGCAGCAACGCCAACAACAUUGACCUCUGCAGCAAUACAACAGAGGACCCACCUAAACAAUACAGCUGGGACAAACGCGAAAAGGUUGAUCCUAAGGACUUCAUGCUAACGGGGCUGAAGGAUGCCACGGUGGGCCGUCUGCCAGGCAAGCUGAACGGACAGCAGUUUGUCAUCCAGGACUGUGACAACUGUAAGAUCUUCGUGUUGGACCACUCCGCCACCAUCACCAUCGACGACUGCACUAACUGCUGCAUCGUUAUGGGGCCAGUGAAGGGCAGUGUGUUCUUCAGGGACUGUAAGGACAUCAAGUGUGUGGUGGCCUGCCAGCAGUUCAGGACCAGGGACUGUAAGAAGAUGGAGGUUUUCCUGUGUUGCGCCACUCAGCCCAUCAUCGAGGCGUCCACGGGGAUGAAGUUCGGCUGCUUCCAGUACUACUACCCCGAGCUGGCCUUCCACUUCAAGGACGCAGGCCUCAGCAUCUUCAACAACAACUGGAGCAAUGUCCAUGACUUCACGCCCGUCUCAGGGGAGACCAACUGGAGCCUGCUGCCUGAGGACACUGUGGUGUUGGACCAUGUUCCAGCCCCUGACCCGGAGUCAGAGUUUAAAUCAGUCCGGAUCUCAGCUGAGGCAUCCCGCAGCAUCGUGCCCAUGACCAAAGGAGGCAGACGCAAGGAGAGUGACGAGUCCGGUCUGUUUGUGUUCUUCUCUGGGGACUACACCACUGCUAACGCCCGGAAACUCAUUGAUGAGGCCUCUGGGAAAGGGUUUGUGCUGAUCCAGACUAAGGAAGUGUCCAUGCGCCCCGAGGACGUCAGCAGAGUGUUCCAGAGCGAUGCAGAGGGACUCCUGGAGUGGAUCACCAACGGCCCAGUGACAGCUCUGGAGUUGAAUGGGGACGGGGUAGUGGAGGCCUGCAAGAGCAUUGCCAGUGAGAUGUUCAGUGGAACCAAGGUGUUUGUUUCAGACAACAGAAAUACUUCCUCUCGAGAUGUGGACAACUUCUUCAACUUCGCUGACAUGCAGAUGGGCUUGUGAUUGAGUCACUGUAUGACAAUCAACUUACUACACAACCAAGGAUUUUUUUUGUUAUAUUUUUAUACUAGUAGGUAGCGGAGAAGGACAGGUUACUCAACAUGGUAGUGGAGAAGGACAGGUUAAUCAACAUAGUGGAGAAGGACAGGUUAAUCAACAUAGUGGAGAAGGACAGGUUAAUCAACAUAGUGGAGAAGGACAGGUUACUCAACAUAGUGGAGAAGGACAGGUUACUCAACAUAGUGGAGAAGGACAGGUUAUUCAACAUAGUGAUGGUAGGUAGCGGAGAAGGACAGGUUACUCAACAUAGUGGAGAAGGACGGGUUACUCAACAUAGUGAUGGUAGGUAGUGGAGAAGGACAGGUUAAUCAACAUAGUGGAGAAGGACGGGUUACUCAACAUAGUGGAGAAGGACAGGUUAAUCAACAUAGUGGAGAAGGACGGGUUACUCAACAUAGUGGAGAGGGACAGGUUAUUCAACAUAGUGGAGAAGGACAGGUUCAGUAGUUAUAACGAGCAGUCAGGGGGGGAAACGCUGUAUUAGUUAUUUGGCUAUUUUCAUUUCUUGAAAAUCAAGAAAGUAUUCUCUUGUUUAUAUUGUGGUUCUUCGCUGUUCCGUUCGGUAAUUAGUGUGUGUGUGUGUGUGUGUGUGUGUGUGUGUGUGUGUGUGUGUGUGUGUGUGUGUGUGUGUGUGUGUGUGUGUGUGUGUGUGUGUGUGUGUGUGUGUGUGACACACAUUGAAACCAUUGUGGUGAAUGAUCGGUGUAGAGUGAAGUUGCCCCUAGAUUCUGAUCUUGAAUCAGUUUUGCAUUUCCUCCACUGUUUUAUGUUGGGAUUUGUGGAGGUGAAGAGCUGAUCCAAAAUCUGUUCCUAGGGGAAACUUUACCCUGUACAUCAUGUGUUUUCUCUUCGGUAUUUGUUAGGGUCCUUGCUAUUUGGGAUGCUUGGGACGUCCCAACAAUGUCAUCCCAUUCAAGUUUAAAUUUAAACUAGUCUAGGUAAGGGUUAAGGUUCGGUUCGAGGUUAAGGGCUCAGACACAGCAGUAGUGUUUUCUGGCCCAGAGUACUUGGCCCCUCUGAACGUAAUUUGUGAACCGAGUGCGCACAGAUUUUACAUGUAGAAUCAGGUUAAAUGUGUCUCUGGUCAGACGUCUAUAAACGGUGGUCCCUAAAACACAGUGCGCUGAACGCUCGACAGACGAACGCUCGACAGACGAACGCUCGACAGACGAACGCUAAAUCCCCAUUCGGAGCCAUAUGUGCAAGCCUUUCAAGUUAGGUUUAGGGUAGGGAUGUCCCAACCAUUCCCAAUAGCACUAACCCAUUAGUUUGUGUGUUUGGUUGAGCAGCAAGACGCCGGGACUUCCCUAGUGGUAACCUGAGUUACCUGUGUUGUUUCCAGACACGUUGUCAGGGUGAUACUGGUGUAAAUAGCUGAUUGGACGAUGCUGUGAUUGAGUACAGGGGUGUAUUCACUAGGAAAUAAACAGAAGCAAGCGGGACAAAAUGGGGAGGAGACCUACCUAAAAAAUGUUAUGCUACAGUUGGUGUGCACAAAUAGACACCUCAACACUGUGGUUACCAAAUGGAGACUACACCUAUUAUGUAAAUAAUUAUUUCACAUAUUUUAGUUCAUGUUUUUUUUUU